AUGGACAUGGAGUGCAGGGCUAGGGCCGGUGACGACGGCUCGAUAGAACGAGAACCCUCGAGACAUGUCGACUAUCUGUCUCAUUCCUGGCGGGAGGAGGACGUCUGCAGCUCGUGGAGGUAUAUCUCGGCCAAAAGGGACGAGUACGAGAGUGGACACAGACUGGAGAAUGCUGCAUGGCGUUCCUGGGCAAGGAUUCGCUUCGAUCUGGGAUCGUUUCCUGCAGAAGCUCUGAACUGGCAAAAGGAUAUAGAUGUCACUUGGCUCUACGGGCCACUACAAGUACAAGGAGACGACCUCGAUGACCGGUCAAGUACCUCGUCUCCGACUCCUUCGUCUCCAGCUACCUCGAACUCCUCCCUUAUCGAUAAAAAACCGAUCCUGAAGAAGCGGACCAUCUCACAGUCCAUACUACAACGACCACACUCUACACACACCUUUCUACGGCUUGCCAACGCCCUGAUCAAGGCCCAGGACGGCUCAGAUGGAAGAUAUCUCUCCGACUACCCGGUGUCCCGUCAGGAUGUCGAAAAGUCGCUCGGAGUCAGCUCGGACAGUGCUGUGGCAAACAUGUUCUUCCCGGAAAACAACAGCAACCUCCCCGAUAAACGACACAUCAGCUUCAGCAACGAGGUAGCGCAGUGCGUGGCGGUGGAAGACGACGACGAGGCGUUUGACGGAGAAUACUACGGCUACUACCACCCCGUUCACGACUGUGGCGUACUCGAAGACGAUGAAGCGUCUGACGACGGCGUGAUGAUGACGAGACACUACCAGGACAGACCGCCCCUCAGCUCCCAGAGCACGCCACGAAGCAGUUUCAGUAGUGACAGCAGGAUCAUCGCACAUCUGCCGUCCACCACUCUAAAAUACCGACCUGAUACCCCCGAACCCCAGCAAGAGGCCACCACCCCGCGGCCCGUACGACCUACCCUGUCUCGCUCCUCAUCUGCCGAAACCCUGCGUCCAUCCAGCCAUCAUGCCGCCAAAACAAUCUCCCACGGCGACUUCUUCCUAGAUGAAGAGUACGGCCUCGACGAAGAUUGGAACACAGGCUGGGACACCGACUGGAAGGUCCAGCAACCCAAGCCGGUUAGACCGACCUCGUCUGCUUCCUCUCCAUCCCUCAGCAGCCAGUGGUUCGGCAACGCAAAGGCCAAACCGACUACUUCGCAAAGCACGAGCGAGCAGGGGAAGUCUUUCUCCUCCUCUGGCGUGUUCAUGCCGUUUGGAUAUGGCGACAACAGUUCUGACGGGGAGUAUGAGUGGCCUGACGAGAACGGCAGAAAUGCCAGCCGUGGCGUGAUUGAUAGGGUCAUCGACACCGUCAACACGGCCAGAGAUAUCGCGCAUGUUAUAUGGAAUGUUGGCUGGCGCGGCUGA